GCCGGUUCAAAAGAACCGAUUGGUUCAUGAGUCGGACGUCGCUAAGCUAACGUCGUAAGCGAAAUGUCAACUGUCAGCGCUUACUGCCGACUUUCAGCGCUAUAAGCUCCUUUCUCCAAUGCUAAUGUGAAGCUUCACACAUCUCAGGGUUUCAGGCGAUGUGAUCAGCAGGACGAGGGCUUGCGUCGCGUGGUGCUGAGAUGGCGGAUGAUGUGGACGCCGGCCCAGUCCGGGCAGGACGGGGUGCGAGAUCCGGGCAGCCGUGUGCCAGGCAGAGGUUCUCCAGCAGGGGUCACUCCCGAGACCUCUUAGACGGGCUCCUCGCUCUGCGUGAAGGGGGUGUUCUGUUUGAUGUUGUACUCCUGGUGGAGGAAAGACCCAUUCAAGCUCAUCGCAUCCUGUUGGCAGCCUCCUGUGGCUACUUCAGAGGUAUGUUUGCUGGUGGUUUGCGAGAGAUGCAGCAGACGGAGAUCACCAUUCAUGGAGUCACACACACAGCCAUGACUAAACUUUUGGACUUCAUCUACACUUCUGAGCUGGAGCUGGAUCUGGACACGGUGCAGGAGGUGCUUUGUGCUGCCACGCUGCUGCAGGUCAAGGAUGUAAUCGGGUUCUGCUGUGAGUUCCUAUUCUCCUGGCUGGACGAUGACAACAUACUGGAGGUGGAGAAGCUUGCCGACAUCUACGGACUAGAGCAGCUGGGAGAGAAGGUACGCUCAUACCUACUGAAAAACAUCCAGACCUUCUCUCGCACAUCUGUUUACCGUCAGCUGCCUGCAGAGAAGGUUCUGCGAGUGCUGUCCAGCGAUGAGCUGCAGGUGAGCUCAGAGUGUGAGGUGUUUGAGGCUGCACUGCACUACCACUACAGCCCCGAGGAGCUGGACAUGGAUCAGAUGUGCCUUCAGACGGGAGGAACGAAGGCAGAAACUUUUCUAGAGGAGCCCUUGCUGAUGUUGGAGGCGGUGCGUUUCUGUCUGAUGGAGAAGGCCACCCUGCAGCGUCUCCACAGCCGCCUGAAGCCCUGCCCACUGCGUGAGUCUGUCUCUGCUGCCCUCCGCUAUCACAGUCAGGAGCUGUGGCAGCCGGUCAUGCAGAGCCCUCUCUCUCAGCCGCGCUCCAGCUCCUUGUGUAUCCUGGGAUUUGGUGGCAUGUAUUCUUCCGGCCCGCCGGCUGACAAUGAAGAGCGCAUACAGGUGUUCCAUCCGUCCUGGGGCGAGUGGCGCAGUCUCGGUGCAGAUCGCGCUCCCCGCAUGUCCAACAUGGGCAUCGCUGUCCUGAAUAACUUUGUUUACCUGAUCGGGGGAGACAAGAACAGCAGCGGCUUCCGUGCCGAGGCCCGCUGCUGGAGAUACGAUCCUCGACACAACACCUGGUGUAAUGUCGAACCCUUGCGGCGGCAGCAUGCAGACCAUUGCGUGUGUGUGGUGGGCGACUUCAUCUAUGCUAUUGGAGGUCGUGACUACAGCAAUGAGUUGGACUGCGUCGAGCGCUAUGACCCUCGAGCCAACACAUGGGAAUACGUGGCCCCACUCAAACGAGAGGUGUAUGCCCAUGCUGGAGCAGUUGUGGACGGAAAGAUCUACAUUGCGUGUGGUCGUAGAGGAAUGGCCUACCUGAAGGAGACCUACUGCUAUGACCCUCAGGAUAACCGGUGGACUGUGUGUUCUGAGGGCCCAGUAGAGCGAGCCUGGCAUGGGAUGGCGGAACUGAACGGGCGAGCUUACGUCAUCGGAGGCAGCAACGACGGCUGCGGCUACAGACGGGACGUCCUCAAGGUGGCAUGCUAUAACCCAACAGCAGACGUGUGGUCAGUGGUGUGCCCGCUCCCUGCCGGCCACGGAGAGCCAGGCAUGGCCGUAUUGGACGGCCGGAUCUACAUCCUGGGCGGGAGGUCACACGACAAAGGCAGCCGCAUGAAAUACGUACACAUCUACGACCCAGAGGAGGACCACUGGCAAAGCGGCACGUCUUUGGACGACCGUGUGUCCGGGCUGUCGGCCUGCGUGGCCCUGGUGCCCAGAAACACCCUGGCUCAGGCCCAGAGCUGGGAGCAAAGAGCCAAAGGAUCUUGGGAGGAGGUGGACUGGGAUGAUUCGGACAACUCCAGUGACGACGGCUGACAGGUGGUCUCAGGUGAUAUAGGGAGGGGUUUUAAAAUUGGUGAAUUCUUGAAUUCUCAGAAAUUUCUCACGUGCCCACCUUUUACAAAUGUCAGUGCAUACAUCUGAUACUGAAAGCACAUUGUGAUGUCAGAAGUCUGAUGCAGUCAGUUGGCUUGGUCAGGUAUGAAUUGAUUGACUAUGCUAUUUAUUAUGUCUAAUAUUUGGAAUAAUGGCAUCAUAUUUGCUAUUAAUUUCACUCAAAGUUUUUCUUUGUUAUAUUUUAUAAACAUUUGUCUUUUUUGUUGUUUGAGAAUUUGAAAACUGACAUGUUGUGACAACUUUGAUGCACUUUUUUUUGUUUAACAUUGCAUGUACAGAUAGGACCCUCCACAGUACUGUUUUUUUUCCAGUUGUCUUGGGUAUGUGCAUGACAGAACUGUCUAAAUGAUUUGAAGCUCUUACCAGUGCUCUUACAUUUACGUGAACAUUCAUAUAUUACACAAUAUACAUUUAGUACUACUUGUAAUAAUCUAAGCGUACAUAAACUACUGAUUAGCACACAAAUAGAAAUCAUACUACGCACACUCAGUGACGUACAUACCAGUUUUUCACUUAAUUUACUGUUUUGGUUGUUUGGUUUUUCACUUCUUUAUUUGUAAUCGUUUAAAGGGUUUAAAUGGGUGAUUAGUUGGGGACGCGGUGAGUGUAGAGGUUCCACAGAGUGAGCAUUAUUUAUGUAGGCAUUAUUCUAUCCAGACUGGUUAGCAUCAGUCCAGAUUUUUCAUAGCACUUUGGUUAGCAUCAGCCCAGACUUUUGUUAGCACUUCUGACAGCAUUAAUCCAGACCUCUGUUAGCAUUUGAUGUCAGUCCAGACAUUUGUUAGCAUCUCUGUUAGCACCAGUCCAGCGUUUUGUUCGAUUUCUGUUAGUAACAAUUCAGGCUUUUUUAGGAUUUCUGUUAGCAUCAGUUCAAACAUUUGUCAGCACUUCUGUUAACAUCCGUUCAGACUUUUGUUAGCGUCUGUCCAUAUGAUUAGCAUUCAUGUUAGCAUCAGUCUCGAUUUUUGUUCGCAGUUAUGCUGCUGUCAGUCAGCAGUUCUUUCCAGACUUUUGCUCAUCCUCCUGCUCCUCCACUACUGUCCUGAACAGCCCCAUAGACUGACCUCUCGUGUUAAAACUCUUGUUAAUGUUUCACUUUGGUUUGGCGAUUUCAGAUCGUAAGUCUUUCCAAAGCUGAAUUUGUUACUGGUAAAGAAAUCAUAUCAAACUUUGCUCACCCAAUCACACGUUGGCGUAAUAUUCAGUUCCACAGCAAUAAGGGCAGUCUGUCUGCUUUGUGGUAAGAAUAUACUGGGUUUCUUUUCCUUUUUCUUCAGUUUUUCUUUUUCAGCAACUGCAUGCAAUUUAUUCUCUGUAUCAGGACCACCGAAAAGACGUGAAGCCACAAUCUCCAAAACAAGGCCUGUUCUAGAGGUGGUUAAUGAGGUCAAUUUUUGCAUCCAAAACUUCACCAGCAGUGACUUUGAGAAUGUGUCAAGGUAAAAAUAAGUGAUUAUGAUGAUACAUGCACUUUAACGGAUGAGUUCGGUUUGCACUGACCGUGCCUUUUUUCCUUCUUCUCCACCAAAUUCUGAACCGCAAGUAGAGAUUGAAUUAAGACUGUGCCUCAAAUGUGUGAAAAGAUUAAGACAUCAUACUCCUCUAAAAAAAGGUGAGGACAAAAAAACCUGAUCUUUGCUAAGAAUAUUGACCUUCGCUGGUUAAAGAUAGAUGGAACUUUUGGUUGCUUAUAGGAAUGAAACAGAGGAACUAACUAUGCAUGUUGUUUCCAGGUUAUGGAUUAUGGGUUGUAAUUGUAAGACUGUUGAAGGUGGAAUAUCCUCCUUCUUUGUUUUCCUUGUAAAUAAAAUGCUCAGCACUGAAUGAUGUGGUUUAAUUUUCAAAUCCUGAUCAGAACUCCUCUAUACAGUAAGUCUUUUGAGGGUAGCAUUAAUUUGCUACCUUUGUCAUGUUACUGCUUGGGGUUUUGAGUUGUGGAUUAGCGUUUGUUACCUUUAGCUCUCUUAUAUGUCACAAUCACAUCUAUAGCUUGAUCUUAAUCUGUAGGUAUUUUUGUACUUCGAAAAGCCCAUUACAGCCCAGUUUUGAGUAGAGCUUGAAUGACAGUAUAAGAAAUUAACAAUAUGUGAAUAAUGCCUAAAAUUAUUGAUUAUUAUGGAAAAAUUAUGGAAAGUUGCUCCAUAUUUAUUUUGAACGUGCCCGGUUAUGUAGUUAACAAACUUUGGGGAUUUAAACAGGCUACAUAAGACUCUUCCUCAGUGGAACAAUCUAUUGGUUUCCGUUUACAUUUUAUCUGUCUGUAACUGAUGCCGCUGAGUGGAAUAACUCAUGUUCUUUUAACUGUAAUUGUUUUAUUCUUGGUGAUAUUAAAGACUUGCUUUUUAAAAAAAAAAACAAGGAAAAAUCAUUUGUACUGUGGUUGAAACGUUGUGCCUUCUAAGCUGUGGAAGUUUCUCAGUUAUGAUGCAUUGAUGCCGAUCUUGAGCGGUUACAUUUUCUGGUAAGAGAACUUUAAGGGGAAUUCCACCCAUUUUUUAAAAAAUUCUGCAUAAUCUUUAAGAUGGACGGAGAGUCAGAGAACAGAGAAACUCAGAAACGUACAGAAUCAGAAUUGUUGACAAUUGGUCAUAGGAACCAGACGUCAGAAAAUGCCAGAGACAUGGGGUCUCAUCCACCAAUCAUUCCUAAGAAGAAAUUUCUUUUUUAAAACCCACUUAC